CACCAUGCCAAAACACUACUGCGACUACUGUGAUGUUUUUCUGACUCAUGACUCGGCCUCAGUCCGCAAAGCCCAUAACAGCGGUAGGAACCACCUUGCGAACGUUAGGGACUACUAUGCUUCCCUAGGACAUGAUAAAGCACAGAGUAUCAUCGACCAGAUCACGGCUGCCUACGAGUCAAGCGGAGGCCCUCCUCCUGGUGGCUUUGGCUUUGGCCCACAGCAUCUCGCACCCGUUCCUGGCGGUUUUGGCGGCCCGCCGGGGAUGCCUUUCCCUCCUCCACCAUUCCCAGGAGGCCGUCCGCCCUUCCCGCCAGGUAUGCCUCCUCCAGGUAUGAUGCCUCCAGGUGCGCCGCCUUUCCUCCCUCCACCUGGAAUGGGCCCACCGCCUCCAGGUAUGCCAGGUUUCCCGCCCAACGGUAUACCACCUUUCCCUCCGGCGAACGUGAAUGGUCCUCCCGGUGGUCCCCCACCCCCUGGAGGGCCUCCAUUCCCCCCUAACGGUAACUUCCUUCCUCCGGGCCAGGGUCCCCCUCCACCGGCGGGACCUGGCGGUAUCCAUCCUGAUAGGCUGAGAAUGAUGGGGGGUGGUCCGCCUGGUGGUAUGUAAAAGUGAGCAUUACCUGUUGACCGUCUGCCCGGAAUCUUCUGGCGCUUCUGCACAGGUCCAGGUUUUGUAUGUACCAGCUUUCUUUCCAAUUCAUUGCCCGUUGCUGUGUUGUAUGAGUGCGGCGAGUGGUGUCAUAAGUAUAAUAUACCCAUGUUCGAGGAUUCCACU